AUGUCCGGUUUUAAACGCGAUUGGAAUGGAAAUGCAAAGCGGCAGGAUGGGCCGAAGGCGGUUCCCAGGCAAGUUGUGAGGAAUGCAUACACGCCCAUGUUCGAGAGCAUCCGCGAUGAGCUUGAUGAGCACCACGACCGUCGAGAGCGCAUUGUCAAGGCAUCGCGGGACAUCACGGCAUUGAGCAAGAAGAUCAUCUUCUCAUUACAACGGGUGCGAAGGAUCGAGAGCCAACUCCCAAGCAACAUCCAAUUCGAGGUUGACUCCCGCCUGGCCGAGAUCGCCAAGCUGCUAGCUACCCUAGCCCCCGACAUUCAGGGCAUCAACCGGUACCGGUACGCUCGGUCGCUGAUGUGCCUCGAAGAGUUCGUCGAAGCCCUCACCUUUGCGCACUACCUGAGGACCCAGACCCUCAUCAGCCACGCAGACCUCAGCCCAGUGGUCGAGGACCUGACCCGGAAAGGAGCAGGAGCGGCGGGCUCAGCCUCAGAGGACGCGGUCAUGGCCGACGCCAGCGACGACACAGCAGGUACCGCUACCGCCACUGCCGAAGGAAAGCCAAUACCACCAGCUACAGCACCAGCUACUACCGAACUCCCAACCAUCUCCCUCACCCAUGAUGACUACCUCUACGGGGUGUUUGAUCUCACGGGCGAGAUGAUGCGCUUCGCGACCACGUCGACGGCACUCACGGGUGCCAUGGCCGGCGGCGGUGACGACAAGGAUGCUGAGCCGCGGACGAUUGUCCACGACAUGCAUGAGUUGGGCACUUUCUUCGAGAUGCUGCCUGUGUCGUCGGGCAACAAGUUUCAGUGGGAGAAGAAGCUCGAGGUCACGAGGCAGUCGGUGCAAAAGGUGGAGCGGCUGGGCUAUGACCGGAUCAUCAGAGGCAGUGAGCGGCCCAAGGGCUGGGUCCCGGAUCUGAGUGCCGGGGGAGAUCAGGGUGGGGGGCAGAGUGACGAGUUGGAAUGAUGGCUUUAGUUAUGUUAUGGGCUAGCUGGUGGUCUCUGUUGAGUUCGUAGCUCUACCGCAUGGGCUUGUUGUUCAGCGGGCAGACCAUAAGUGCAAAGGGCGGGUUUGCUUAUUUUAGAGGAGCUAGCUGGGAAAUGGUUGAAUGGUUCAGGUAUGUCACUUUGCUCGUUUCACCUUGUCAGAGGGAAGAAAGCAGGAUUUUUCACCCUGUAGACACGCCAUUCGUUUGUGACGUUAUUCAGG